AUCUUUAGCCCUCCCACUUCCAAACACGCUAUUCUCUUUAUCUCCGACGUUUAUGGUUAUGAAGCACCAAAUCUGAGGAAGCUUGCUGACAAAGUUGCAGAUGCAGGAUACUAUGUGGUGGUUCCUGAUUUUCUUUGGGAUGAUCCUUAUACUACCGAUAAGCCUUUGUCAAUCUAGAUACAAUCUCAUGAAACAUAAAAAGGAUUCGAAGAUGCAAAACAAGUUGUUGCAGCUCUCAAGGAUAAAGGUAUAUCUACAAUUGAAGCUGCAGGGUUUUGCUGGGGUGCAAAGAUGGUUACUGAGCUUGCUAAGUCUGACAACAUUCAAGCUGCAAUGCUAUUACACCCAUCGUUAGUCAAGGUUGAUGAUAUGAAAGAGGUGAAGGCACCAAUAGCUAUUUUAGCUGCUGAGAUAGAUAAAAUCUCUCCUCUAGAGCUUAUUAAGCAGUUUGAGGAUAUCUUAUCAUCAAAAUUUGAGGUGGACAAAUUUGUCAAAAAUUUUCCUAGUGCUAAGCAUGGGUGGAUAGUGAGAUACAAUGUUGAAGACAAAGAGGCAGUGCAGCAAGCUGAAGAAGCCCACCAGGACAUGUUGGAUUGGCUUACCAAGCAUGUCAAAGAAUGGUUUAAGUAAGGCGUGACUCUGCUUCACGAGACA